AGUAUGGCGGGGCGCGUUCCCGCCGGCCCGCCGCGGCCGUGAGGAGGAAAGUGCCGGGGGGCUGCUGUCAUGGAGCCGGGACAGGAGGAAGAGGAGGAAGAAGAGAGGGUUCCGCCCAUUGCAACAACUCCACCACGUCGUGGCUGGAAGGAGGAGUCCUUAAGCCGCAGCAGCAGCGAUACCCAGGCCUCAGCUACCAGUGGGAUCUCCCUUGGCGAAGCCAUCCGUCAGCAAACUGCUGGAAUGGAGUCAUGGUGCCAGCUUGCACCAGAAGUGGAUGGGAGCAAUUUAACUGCUGCCUCAGGAACAAAGCUUGGCCUGACUUGUGAUAAAAGUGACCUGACAGAGUUCCCUACACUGGAAGAAGGAGUCCUGCCUUCAGCAGAAACAUCUAGAAGGCAGUAUCCUGGAGACAUAGCACAUGGGUUACUGCUGGAGAGUGUGCCAGUAGCUACAGGCUUGCUGUAUAUGCACUUAAAUUUCCAGAUAUGGGAGAAAAGUGACUUCAACUGUGAGGAAGCUUUUGACCUUCAGAGCGACAGCAGGAAGAAUUACUGUUUUGACACGAGAUGCUCCAAGAGUGAUGUGGAGAUGGAAAACACAAAGGCUCUUGGUCAGAAAUACAAGUAA